AUGUUCACUCUUGUUGCAAAAUGUCAGUUUGCGUCUGAAGUAUGGUUUAAGCUAGAAGCUGAUUUUGUAACUGAGUCAAAGGCCAGAGCCUUACAUUUGAAGAAUUUGCUUCAGAUAACUCAAAAAGGCAAUUUGAAUAUUCAUGAUUACGUUAAGAAAAUGAAAGGCAUUGCUGAAAGCCUGUCUACGAGUGGUCAAGUGAUCUCAGAUGAAGAUCUUCUUCAACAUAUUUUAGAUGGUUUAGGUCCAGAAUUUGACGCUGUUGUUGUCAAUCUGACCUCCAGAGUAGAAUCUACGGUUGAUCCGGUUACUUUGCAAGAGGCUCAGUUUUUGUUGCAAAAAUAUGAGUUGCGGCUUGAUAGGUUUAAUUCUGUGGAGUUUCAUGGUGGUUCGGUCAAUGUUGCUUCUCUUGAAAAUUCAAAUAGUGGAAAAAAUUCAGUGCCUAUCAAUGCUAAGGUUUCCUCUGCACCUAUUGGUUCUCAGAGUUAUCCUCAGUUUAGUUUGAAUGAUCCUGGAUCAAACUUUGGAAAUUUUGGUGGAAAUUCAAGCAUUAUUACUCCUCAUACAGACCUGUUUUUGGGAGAGGCAGAGGAAGAAACAAUGGCAGAGGCAAGCCUAUUGUCAAGUUUGCAGUAA